CUAUAAAAGCCCGCGCAGGUUCAUUUUAACAUCUAAAUAAGUGAUAAACAUGAGAGGGAUAACAUUAAUAGCAUUGUUUUCGGUUGGCAUUACCUUCUGCAAUGCAUACGGUAUUGGCCUGGGUGGUGGUGGUUUCGGUUUCGGUCUAGGAGGACAUACAGGUUCAAAUGGAGCAGUUGAAUCUGGUUCUGGUGGUUUAUUAGGUUCAUUAUCUGGUCAAAUAGGAGGCUUAAGUGGUAGUAUUGGAUCUGGUCAUGGGUCAGGUUACAGCAAGGGGUCUGCUGGUAUUGGGGCUGGAAUUGGAACAGGUUAUGGUUCUACAUCCGCUGGUUCAUCAGGUUCAUUAUCAGGUAAUAUUGGUGGCUUAAGUGGAAGUAUUGGCGCUGAUCAUGGAUCCGGUAAUGGUAAAGGCUCUGCAGGUGUUGGUGCUGGAAUUGGAGCAGGUCAUAGUUCAGCCUCUAGUGGUUCAUCAGGUUCAUUAUCUGGUAAUAUUGGUGGCUUAAGUGGAAGUAUUGGCGCUGAUCACGGAUCCGGCAAUGGUAAAGGCUCUGCUGGUAUUGGUGCUGGAAUUGGAGCAGGUCAUGGUUCAGCCUCUAGUGGUUCAUCAAGUUCAUUAUCCGGUAAUAUCGGAGGCUUAAGUGGAAGUAUUGAAUCUGGUCAUGGUUCAGGUUACGGCAAAGGCUCUGCUGGUAUUGGUGCUGGAAUUGGAGCAGGUCAUGGUUUAACCUCUGGUAGUUCAUCAGGUUCAUUAUCUGGUAAUAUCGGAGGCUUAAGUGGUAGCAUUGGAUCUGGUCAUGGUUCAGGUUACGGCAAAGGCACUGCCAGUGUUGGUGCUGGAAUUGGAGCAGGUCAUGGUUCAGCCUCUGGUGGUUCAUCAGGAUCAUUAACUGGUCAUAUUGGUGGCUUAAGUGGAAGUAUUGGCGCUGAUCACGGAUCCGGCAAUGGUAAAGGCUCUGCUGGUAUUGGUGCUGGAAUUGGAGCAGGUCAUGGUUCAGCCUCUAGCGGUUCAUCAGGUUCAUUAUCUGGUAAUAUCGGAGGCUUAAGUGGAAGCAUUGGAUCUGGUCAUGGCUCUGGUAAUGGCAAAGGCACUGCUGGUAUUGGUGCUGGAAAUGGAGCAGGUCAUGGUUCAGCCUCUGGUGGUUCAUCAGGUUCAUUAUCUGGUCAUAUCGGAGGCUUAAGUGGAAGUAUUGGAUCUGGUCAUAGUUCAGGUUACGGCAAAGGCACUGCCAGUGUUGGUGCUGGAAUUGGAGCAGGUCACGGUUCAUCCUCUGGUGGUUCAUCAGGUUCAUUGUCUGGUCAUAUUGGUGGCUUAAGUGGAAGUAUUGGUGCUGAUCACGGAUCUGGUAAUGGUAAAGGCUCUGCUGGUAUUGGUGCUGGAAUUGGAGCAGGUCAUGGUUCCGGAUCCGCUGGUUCAUCAGGUUCAUUAUCUGGUCAUAUUGGUGGCUUAAGUGGAAGUAUUGGUGCUGAUCAUGGAUCCGGUAUUGGCAAAGGCUCUACUGGUAUUGGUGCUGGAAUUGGAGCAGGUCAUGGUUCAGCCUCUAGCGGUUCAUCAGGUUCAUUAUCUGGUAAUAUCGGAGGCUUAAGUGGAAGCAUUGGCGCUAAUAAUGGCUCUGGUAAUGGUAAAGGCACUCCUGGUAUUGGUGCUGGAAUUGGAGCAGGUCAUGGUUCAGCCUCUGGUGGUUCAUCAGGAUCAUUAACUGGUCAUAUUGGUGGCUUAAGUGGAAGUAUUGGCGCUAAUCAUGGCUCUGGUAAUGGUAAAGGCUCUGCAGGUAUUGGUGCUGGAAUUGGAGAAGGUCAUGGUUCAGCCUCUAGUGGUUCAUCAGGUUCAUUAUCAGGUCAUAUUGGUGGCUUAAGUGGAAGUAUUGGCGCUAAUCAUGGCUCUGGUAAUGGCAAAGGCACUGCUGGAAUUGGUGCUGGUAUUGGAGCAGGUCAUGGUUCAGCCUCUAGUGGUUCAUCAGGUUCAUUAUCUGGUAAUAUCGGAGGCUUAAGUGGAAGUAUUGGAUCUGGUCAUGGUUCAGGUUACGGCAAAGGCACUGCCAGUGUUGGUGCUGGAAUUGGAGCAGGUCAUGGUUCAGCCUCUGGUAGUUCAUCAGGAUCAUUAUCUGGUCAUAUUGGUGGCUUAAGUGGAAGUAUUGGUGCUGAUCAUGGCUCUGGUAAUGAUAAAGGCUCUGCUGGUAUUGGUGCUGGAAUUGGAGCAGGUCAUGGUUCUGGAUCCGCUGGUUCAUCAGGUUCAUUAUCUGGUCAUAUUGGUGGCUUAAGUGGAGGUAUUGGCGCUGAUCAUGGAUCCGGUAAUGGUAAAGGCUCUGCUGGUAUUGGUGCUGGAAUUGGAGCAGGUCAUGGUUCAGCCUCUAGCGGUUCAUCAGGUUCAUUAUCUGGCAAUAUCGGAGGCUUAAGUGGAAGCAUUGGAUCUGGUCAUGGUUCAGGUUACGGCAAAGGCACUGCCAGUGUUGGUGCUGGAAUUGGAGCAGGUCAUGGCUCAGCCUCUGGUAGUUCUUCAGGAUCAUUAUCUGGUCAUAUUGGUGGCUUAAGUGGAAGUAUUGGCGCUGAUCAUAGAUCCGGUAAUGGUAAAGGCUCUGCUGGUAUUGGUGCUGGAAUUGGAGCAGGUCAUGGUUUAACCUCUGGUAGUUCAUCAGGUUCAUUAUCUGGUCAUAUUGGUGGCUUAAGUGGAAAUAUUGGCGCUGAUCACGGAUCUGGUAAUGGUAAAGGCUCUGCUGGUAUUGGUGCUGGAAUUGGAGCAGGUCAUGGUUCAGCCUCUAGUGGUUCAUCAGGUUCAUUAUCUGGCAAUAUCGGAGGCUUAAGUGGAAGCAUUGGAUCUGGUCAUGGUUCAGGUUACGGCAAAGGCACUGCCAGUGUUGGUGCUGGAAUUGGAGCAGGUCAUGGUUCAGCCUCUGGUAGUUCAUCAGGAUCAUUAUCUGGUCAUAUUGGUGGCUUAAGUGGAAGUAUUGGCGCUGAUCACGGAUCUGAUAAUGGUAAAGGCUCUGCUGGUAUUGGUGCUGGAAUUGGAGCAGGUCAUGGUUCAGGCUCUGGUGGUUCAUCAGGUUCAUUAUCUGGUCAUAUUGGUGGCUUAAGUGGAAGUAUUGGCGCUGAUCACGGAUCCGGUAAUGGUAAAGGCUCUGCUGGUAUUGGUGCUGGAAUUGGAGCAGGUCAUGGUUUAACCUCUGGUAGUUCAUCAGGUUCAUUAUCUGGUAAUAUCGGAGGCUUAAGUGGUAGCAUUGGAUCUGGUCAUGGUUCAGGUUACGGCAAAGGCACUGCCAGUGUUGGUGCUGGAAUUGGAGCAGGUCAUGGUUCAGCCUCUGGUGGUUCAUCAGGAUCAUUAACUGGUCAUAUUGGUGGCUUAAGUGGAAGUAUUGGCGCUGAUCACGGAUCCGGCAAUGGUAAAGGCUCUGCUGGUAUUGGUGCUGGAAUUGGAGCAGGUCAUGGUUCAGCCUCUAGCGGUUCAUCAGGUUCAUUAUCUGGUAAUAUCGGAGGCUUAAGUGGAAGCAUUGGAUCUGGUCAUGGCUCUGGUAAUGGCAAAGGCACUGCUGGUAUUGGUGCUGGAAAUGGAGCAGGUCAUGGUUCAGCCUCUGGUGGUUCAUCAGGUUCAUUAUCUGGUCAUAUCGGAGGCUUAAGUGGAAGUAUUGGAUCUGGUCAUAGUUCAGGUUACGGCAAAGGCACUGCCAGUGUUGGUGCUGGAAUUGGAGCAGGUCACGGUUCAUCCUCUGGUGGUUCAUCAGGUUCAUUGUCUGGUCAUAUUGGUGGCUUAAGUGGAAGUAUUGGUGCUGAUCACGGAUCUGGUAAUGGUAAAGGCUCUGCUGGUAUUGGUGCUGGAAUUGGAGCAGGUCAUGGUUCCGGAUCCGCUGGUUCAUCAGGUUCAUUAUCUGGUCAUAUUGGUGGCUUAAGUGGAAGUAUUGGUGCUGAUCAUGGAUCCGGUAUUGGCAAAGGCUCUACUGGUAUUGGUGCUGGAAUUGGAGCAGGUCAUGGUUCAGCCUCUAGCGGUUCAUCAGGUUCAUUAUCUGGUAAUAUCGGAGGCUUAAGUGGAAGCAUUGGCGCUAAUAAUGGCUCUGGUAAUGGUAAAGGCACUCCUGGUAUUGGUGCUGGAAUUGGAGCAGGUCAUGGUUCAGCCUCUGGUGGUUCAUCAGGAUCAUUAACUGGUCAUAUUGGUGGCUUAAGUGGAAGUAUUGGCGCUAAUCAUGGCUCUGGUAAUGGUAAAGGCUCUGCAGGUAUUGGUGCUGGAAUUGGAGAAGGUCAUGGUUCAGCCUCUAGUGGUUCAUCAGGUUCAUUAUCAGGUCAUAUUGGUGGCUUAAGUGGAAGUAUUGGCGCUAAUCAUGGCUCUGGUAAUGGCAAAGGCACUGCUGGAAUUGGUGCUGGUAUUGGAGCAGGUCAUGGUUCAGCCUCUAGUGGUUCAUCAGGUUCAUUAUCUGGUAAUAUCGGAGGCUUAAGUGGAAGUAUUGGAUCUGGUCAUGGGUCAGGUUACGGCAAAGGCACUGCCAGUGUUGGUGCUGAAAAUGGAGCAGGUCAUGGUUCAGCCUCUGGUAGUUCAUCAGGAUCAUUAUCUGGUCAUAUUGGUGGCUUAAGUGGAAGUAUUGGCGCUGAUCACGGAUCCGGUAAUGGUAAAGGUUCUGCUGGUAUUGGUGCUGGAAUUGGAGCAGGUCAUGGUUCAGCCUCUGGUGGUUCAUCAGGUUCAUUAUCUGGCAAUAUCGGAGGCUUAAGUGGAAGUAUUGGCGCUAAUCAUGGUUCUGGUAAUGGUAAAGGCUCUGCUGGUAUUGGUGCUGGAAUUGGAGCAGGUCAUGGUUCAGGCUCUGGUGGUUCAUCAGGUUCAUUAUCUGGUCAUAUUGGUGGCUUAAGUGGAAGUAUUGGCGCUAAUCAUGGCUCUGAUAAUGGUAAAGGCACUGCUGGUAUUGGUGCUGGAAUUGGAGCAGGUCAUGGUUCAGCCUCUGGUGGUUCAUCAGGUUCAUUAUCUGGUAAUAUUGGUGGCUUAAGUGGAAGUAUUGGCGCUAAUCAUGGAUCCGGUAAUGGUAAAGGCUCUGCUGGUAUUGGUGCUGGAAUUGGAGCAGGUCAUGGUUCUGGAUCAGCUGGUUCAUCAGGUUCAUUAUCUGGUAAUAUCGGAGGCUUAAGUGGAAGUAUUGGUGCUGAUCAUGGAUCCGGUAAUGGCAAAGGUUCUACUGGUAUUGGUGCUGGAAUUGAAGCAGGUCAUGGUUCAGCCUCUAGUGGUUCAUCAGGUUCAUUAUCUGGUAAUAUCGGAGGCUUAAGUGGAAGUAUUGGAUCUGGUCAUGGUUCAGGUUACGGCAAAGGCACUGCCAGUGUUGGUGCUGGAAUUGGAGCAGGUCAUGGUUCAGCCUCUGGUGGUUUAUCAGGAUCAUUAUCUGGUCAUAUUGGUGGCUUAAGUGGAGGUGUUGGCGCUGAUCACGGAUCCGGUAAUGGUAAAGGCUCUGCUGGUAUUGGUGGUGGAAUUGGAGCAGGUCAUGGUUCAGCCUCUAGUGGUUCAUCAGGUUUAUUAUCUGGCAAUAUCGGAGGCAUAAGUGGAAGUAUUGGAUCUGGUCAUGGUUCAGGUUACGGCAAAGGCACUGCCAGUGUUGGUGCUGGAAUUGGAGCAGGGCAUGGUUCAGCCUCUGGCGGUUCAUCAGGAUCAUUAUCCGGUAAUAUUGGUGGCUUAAGUGGAAGCAUUGGAUCCGGUCAUGGUUCUGGUAAUGGUAAAGGCUCUGCUGGUAUUGGUGCUGGAAUUGGAGCAGGUCAUGGUUCUGUAUCCGCUGGUUCAUCAGGUUUAUUAUCUGGUAAUAUUGGUGGCUUAAGUGGAAGCAUUGGAUCCGGUCAUGGUUCAGGUUACGGCAAAGGCACUGCCAGUGUUGGUGCUGGAAUUGGAGCAGGUCAUGGUUCAACCUCUAGUGGUUCAUCAGGUUCAUUAUCUGGUCAUAUUGGUGGCUUAAGUGGAAGUAUUGGUGCUGAUCAUGGAUCCGGUAAUGAUAAAGGUUCUGCCAGUGUUGGUGCUGGAAUUGGAGCAGGUCAUGGUUCAGCCUCUAGUGGUUCAUCAGGUUCAUUAUCUGGUAAUAUCGGAGGCUUAAGUGGAAGUAUUGGUGCUGAUCAUGGAUCGGGUAAUGGCAAAGGCUCUGCUGGUAUUGGUGCUGGAAUUGGAGGUGGUUAUGGAUCAUCUUCAGUAGGCUCUUCAGGUUUGUUGUCUGGUCAUGUUGGAGGCUUAAGUGGAAGUAGUGGUUCUGGUUAUGGUUCUUCUUAUCUUGGUAGCGGAAGUAAAGCUACUUCAUCGGGUUAUCAUUCUGGUGGCUUGAGCGGUAGUUUUGGAGGACUUGGGGGACAUAUUGGAGGCUCCUCUGGAUUGGGAUUGUUUGGCUGAAGAAAUUGCUUAUGGCAUAUCGGACUUACCCUAGUUAGGAACUAACAGCUAAAUAACUUGUAAUAAUUUUGUGAUACAUGAUUAAUAUAUCUUUUUUACUUAAA